AUGGUUCGGGCUAGCAGUCCAGGGCGAGCUGAAUCCUUAGAGGAGUUGGUCCAGAGACGGCAAGAGGAGGUCCAGGCAGCUAUGGAAAAGGCUGAACCCAACAAGAGCUUCUAUGCUUACGAUACGUUCGAUCCCUCAACCAUCAAACGCAAACCAAUCAACAAGGCUCCACCAGUCGGGAGUUCACCGUCUCCAGUAGAUGCCCAGGACGAUCCUGUGGCUGCCCAUAAACGAUUGAAGAUUGAUAACGAGGCGUUCGAGACUCGGGCGAAGGAGGAGUUUGCUGGUGUAGGGGAGGCGGAUGGUCUUGGGAGAGGGAGGGAGCAGUUUAAAAACGAUAAUGAAUUCAUCAAGUGCUCUAUUCUAUAUCUUCUUGGCGUGUGGGAGCAUAAACUCGAGGACCCCAAAUGGAAAAAUACAAUAGUUGGCAAGCGUAAGACUUAUCACGACACAGUGGACAGGAUGAGACCCUUGGUGACACUCCUAGAGCACGAUGAGAAGCUUGCCCAAGGGGAGGAACGGCGGGUUCCUGAGGCUGUCGUGGACGUCCUCAAGGGGGUCUUUGAGGAGAUAGUGAAGAGAGAGUAUGUCGAGGCUAAUAAACUGUAUCUGGACAUGACCGUGGGGAAUCAGCUGUGGCCCAUGGGUGGUAUCAAUUUGGGUGUGGUUCAACAAGUGUGCCGAAGAGUGGAGGAGAAGUCCCAUCUGUUGGACGAUAUUGAAUUCGUUCAUGUUGAUGUCACUCUGAUGCAGUCGGCGACUGUGAUCCCCCACACAGCGGAGAUCGUCCUUAAGCCUAGUCAACUGGCCUUCAAGAUUGUCCAGGCUGCGGCUAUGGGCAAGCAAGAGCUGCUUAGGGAGGAUCUAUGCAAAGCUAUUAUAGAACAGGCCUUGAGCACCUCCCUGAGUCGGGUCUCUCGCGGUAGUACUAGAGAGCUCUCAGAGCUGGCCAUGGUCCUUCGUCGUGUACCUACUACUUGUGACAAGGGGGAGAGAGACCAUCGGAGGCUGUGGUCACUACUUGGACAACAGAUCCCCAGUAUAGGACCACAUAUGGAGCUGUUGGACUUAGCUUUCGUGGGCGUAGCUCUACAGGACUGUCCCAACACUUUGAAAGACGUUGAUGCUGACGACGUCGAGGCGGCGUUGAGAUGGUUAGCAAUAGAGCUGUGUGAGCGGCUACUUGCCAUGAGCUCACAGGAAGAGGAGCAACAGAGUACUUUGAAUAUAAAGGCUGUGAUACUGUCUUUGGGAGUAAUUGGAAGGGCACUUCACCAUGUUGAGCUGGAGCAAGGGAGGUUCUUGCAGGCGCUGCCUUCGUUGGUUGAGGACAUCUCCUCUCGAAUCUCUACCGUACAGUCACUUGUCGCUCUUGGUCGGUCCGUCGCUGACUUCCCUAAGACGACGACACCAUAUACAGUGCGGGCUAUGGGCACGAUAGUGGGGACACUGCAUGGGAUGGCGAUACCCCAGGUGAUGUCCUCACCGGAAACAGUGGCCGAAGCUGUGAGUGUGGUAACCCAACUGGUGCGGCAACACAAGGGGGCAAUGCAGGUUGAGGAUUAUGAUGGAGCUCGGAGUUUUCUUGAGAGGAUCGCCCGGGAGGUGCUAAUACCAGUGCAUUUGGACCACCCCUUCAACCUCCAUCAAGUCGUGUUGGUCUGCCGAGGGUAUCGAGCUCUCAACAUACGACUGCCAGCUGUAUUCAAGUUCAUCAAAUUAGCAGUGAAGGUCGAUAAUAGCAGUUGUAAUAAACUGGCCCUAGCUGAGUUUUUUGUCCCCAUCGUGGAGGCCCUAUCCAAGGAGCCGAAGUACUCGAGGACUAGUAAAAAGCUGCAGCAGAUGCUUCGGAAGAUUCAGAAGGAGUCCCAGAGGGAUCGUUCAACUUACCAAGAGCUUGCAUGA